CAGGAGUUGGGCUCGAUGACCCUUGUGAGUCCCUUCCAACUCCGCAUACCCCUCGCUCCUGCGACCCCCGCGCGAUCGCUCCCUCACAGCCCGGACCGCCCCCAGGGCCCCCGCACUGCCCCGCCCGGCGCAUGCGCGGCACCGCCCCGCGGGGCAGAGGCCAAGGGUCAGGGGUCGGUCGGUGCCGGCGGCAGCGCCAUGGCGGAGCAUGGCGGGGGCCCUGCCGAGCGUGGCGGGCCGCCCGCCGAGCAGCGAGUGCUCUUCCCGCCCACCUUCAGCGUGUCCGAGAUCAAGAACAAGCAGCGCCGGCACUUCAUGUUCCUUCGCUGGAAGCAGCAGCAGAGGAAGGAGAAGCUGGCCGCCAAGAAGAAGAGGAGGAAGGAGCGAGAGGCCCUCGGAGACAAAGCACCUCCAAAACCCAUACCAAAGACUAUUGAAAAUCAGCGAGUGUAUGAUGAAACCACUGUAGAUCCCAAUGAUGAAGAGGUUGCUUUUGAUGAAGCAACUGAUGAAUUUGCACCAUAUUUCAACAGACAGACAGUUCCCAAGAUUCUUAUCACAACAUCAGACCGACCUCGUGGGAGAACAGUGAGAUUCUGUGAACAGCUGGCUACUGUUAUACCCAACUCACAUGUCUACUAUCGAAGAGGACUGGCUUUGAAAAGAAUUAUUCCACAGUGUAUUGCAAGGGACUUCACGGAUUUAAUUGUCAUUAAUGAAGAUCGCAAAAUACCAAACGGUCUUGUUUUAAGUCAUCUGCCUGAUGGUCCAACUGCUCAUUUUAGAAUGAGUAGUGUGCGUUUACGCAAAGAAAUAAAGCGAAAAGGGAAAGAGCCCACAGAGCACGUCCCCGAAGUGAUCCUGAAUAACUUCACAACGCGACUCGGCCAUUCCCUUGGCCGCAUGUUUGCUUCUCUCUUCCCACAUGAUCCUCAGUUCAUUGGAAGACAAGUAGCUACAUUUCACAACCAGCGAGACUACAUCUUUUUCAGAUUCCACAGAUAUAUAUUCAAGAGUGAAAAGAAAGUGGGAAUUCAAGAACUUGGGCCACGUUUUACGUUAAAGCUGAGGUCACUUCAAAAGGGAACUUUCGAUUCCAAAUUUGGAGAAUAUGAGUGGAUUCAUAAGCGUAGAGAAAUGGACACAAGUAGAAGAAAAUUCCACUUAUAAGUGAAAUCUGCCAAUUGCUGGUGACCAGGAAUACAGCAGCUGCUUUCAACUAUGGAUGAUUUCAGACUUCUAACGAUAAUGAUACUGAACAGUAUCUGUCUGCAGAAAGACAAACUGCAAACAAUAACACUUUCUACAGCAGCAGAUCAAGUAGGAUGUGUCUUUCUUCCUGUUUGGAGUCAACAUGACAAGGACAGUGACUUUUUCCAGUUUAGCAGGAAAAACAUGGCAAUGUUUGAGCAGCCUGUAAUUUAGCUAUCACUGAAGGUUUGCCAUGAUUGCUGCUGUGCUGUAGAAGUAGAUUAUGCUUCACAACAUCAAAGACAGCAGAUACGUCGGUUAGAGAAAUUCUCAAAAUAAAGUUUUUCUAGUUUUACA